UACUACCCAAAGUCAAAAAAAUAUGGGAAAGCUAUUCUGCAAUAUCUGCCAGAAGUAUUCUUCUAAUGUGAACAUAUUGAAGAUAAAAUGAUCGAUUAGUUGUACCAGUUAAUCCUAUUAACGUCCAAGCAAUAAUCGACACCUGUUCUGUUUGAGACUUUCCAUUUUAAGCUUUGACCAAACUAUCGUGUAUGCUCUUUUUGGCAAUAUUUACAUUAUGAUUCUCAGAAAAACUACACUAGAAAGAGCACUAAACUAAAUUUAACACUAUAUAAUAUAUGAAAUCUUUGCUUCUAACACAAAGCAGAGGCUUGUUGCCAAGGCUACAAAUUAGUAACUAUUUUCAAUUAGCUUAGUCGUCUACUUUAUGAAUAUUAAUAAGUCGCUUGCUUCUACCAAUCGCAGAGCUUUAUACAUCUGGCGCUUUAAUUAUUACAUUUAAUAGCAUUCUUAUUCAAUAUCAGGAAUAGAAAGGAUUUCGCUAUCGAAAACUCAAUUCAUACUGCUUUUAAUAAAGAUAAAUUUGCAAAAUGAAUACAACGAAUACGGACAAGGAAUCGUUGGAUGCUCAAAGAUCAUCUCUAUAUUCUUUUUCGAGAUCAAUCGGAAUUAGUAAUCAAACCAUCCGAGAACUAGAAAAUGAAGGGAAUCUUCAUCUACUCUCGGACUCGGAUGAUGAUUUUCUUGAGGAAAUCAAUCAAGAUAUGAGCAAAUACCGCCCAGUUAGAAAAAGUCGUCGGCUCCUCAAGAGAAAAAAGCUUAAAAAAUGGUUGAAAUCUAGAGAGAGGAGGCUACUUCGCAUAAAAAUUUUGGAAUGCUUAGAGAGAGGUAGAAGACUCAUUGAAGCGAGCGAGCAACUUCAGUCUUAA